AUGAGUAUAGAGCGCAGAUCGUGCACGGGCUCUGACCCUCGCGUCACCAAGAGAUUAUGUGCUACACUAAUGUUUUUUAUUGGAAUUGUUUGUAUUUUUGGAGGCUAUUUGCUAGGCCGAAUGGCGCGAAACGAAGUGAGGAGAAGCAACGACAUCGUAUCCAUCAACUUAACGAUCGCAGCGGACAAUUUAUACAAAAAAGCCAAACGUGUGUCCCCCAAAGCUAUUCAUCACAAUGACCCCGAAAAAAUAACUUUAAAAUUAUUAGACGUUUUUAACUGCACUGCACAAGAUUGUGGUGCUGUUGUGAAUUAUAAUGUCGCCGAAUUUGUAAAAACUUCGAUAAAAUAUGAAGUGGCUAAAUUAUUAAGGUCAAUUAACAAUGCAUCUCUUUAUUUAGAUUCAUUGAGG